AUGGUCGAUGACAGCGUCGGUGGCUUGCAAGUUCUAAGAGAUGGGGUGUGGUGGGAUGUACCGAUCGUACCUCACACACUGCUGGUCAUUAUAGGAGAUCAGACUGAGAUAAUGAGCAACGGGUUCUUCAAGAGCCCUGUGCAUAGGGUUGUGACAAAUGCAAAGAAAGAGAGGCUAUCAGUGGCUCUAGACUAUUCUGUUGACCAUGAGAGAGAAAUCGAGCCAUCGGCUCAGCUGAUUGAUGAGAAGAGACCAGCACUGUACAUGAAAGUGAAGGUUAAGGACUACAUUGCCGGGCUGUAUGAACAUUUCUCUCAGGGAACGAUGGUUAUUGAUACACUGCAGAUAUAA